AUGACAGUUGAAGAAAUAAGAGUCUACAAAGUACAUUCCAACGCCAAAAUCCCAAAGAGGCAAUCUGAAGGAGCAGCUGGAUAUGAUGUGCAUUCUGUGGAGUCUGGAGUGAUCCUGCCGGGGGAGAGAAAGUCCAUACGAACGGGAUUAAUAUGGGACAUUCCCCAGUCGAUUGUUGGACUAGUGUUUGGAAGGUCAGGGCUUGCUUUGAAGAACUGGAUGGAGGUGGUUGAGACAUGUGUAUACCCUGGGGAAAACAAAGAAUUGGUGAUUACUCUUAUUAACAAUGGAAAGCAGCCGUUUGAAUAUGAAGAAUGCUGCCGCAUAGCUCAGCUUGUAUUUGUUCCCGUGCUAAGCUGUGAAGUGAAUCUUGUGGAGUCUCUUGAUUCCACUGAAAGAGGAUGUCUUGGAUUUGGAUCAACAGGAAUGAAAUAA